AUGCAGAGCUGCUUCGCUGCCUGUUCGCAGGUGGUCUGUGUGGGAGAGGACACUGCGGUGGCGUUUUAUGCGCCCAAGUCGCUGCGGAAGUUCCGUGUGGAGCGGCUCAAUGGGUCCCGCGUAUGCGGCGUCUAUGUUAAGGUCAUCUCUAGCACCAAGGCGGCGCUGUACGUUAUCGACGCGGAGGCUACGCUGUUCGAGUUUGUGAUUGAGGGUGGUGCGCCAUCCUUGGUGCGCACAUGCUCCAUUCGACUCCCACCGGCCUUAGUCGUCACCCCCACUUCAGCUCAAAAGCAUGAGAACGCCUUAGAGGUGCAGCCACUGGAGUCAGUGAGCGGGACGGCGAACGUGGAGGCGGCUGCAACCGAUUCCGUUGUCAUGGUCGCCCAAUUCCAUGUGCAGCAGGCACAGCUAUUCGCCGUUCUGCUUACGAAAGCCGGUGUCUACGAAGCUGCGCUGGCUUCCGCCACAGCGGCGGGGGCGACAAGCGUGCCAUCGGCGGUAGUGGUGCAUGUCUUCAAGGAGCCCUUGUCGUUUGGGUAUCUGUCCGUUGGGCAGUUCACUGGUCUGGUCGUUGUAGCCGUCCCACACGCGCGUGAGUUUUUCUACUCGCUCUUCACGGAUCGCCUCUCCACCCACCAGCCGCACCGCCCUUCCUGUCCGUCUCUCCGGCCGCGCGCGGUUAAUGUGCAGAUCCAGAGCAUUGCCUGCAGCCCAACGGGCACGUCCGUCGCCGUUGGCGGGAGGCGGGGUGAGUUGUUGAUCUAUGUGGAGGUACAAGAGGCACACUGCUUCGCCGACCACUGGCAUCACACGCCGCUGACAGCGCUUGCCUUUGCUUUAGACGGCAGCGCAGUGUACACAGGCGGCCGCGAGGCGGUGCUGCUAAUCUGGAAUUUAGUGUCCUACAGUCACAAGAAGGUGAAGGUGCAGCUGGGCACGCUGCAGAGAAUCACGCCGUUCAGCAGUGCAGGGUCGCAGCUGCUGUUGUCGUGCGGCACAUCAACCCUCGCCGUUGCGGACUUGCUGCAGAUGCGCGUGACGACGUCUGCAGAGGGCAUCGAGUGGACCGCUGAGGGUGUGUGCACCGGACUCCUCGUCGAACAGUGGGGAGGGAGUCCGGCGGUGAUUCUGACGGGGAUGCCAGAUGUGCUGCGUGUGUGCGACCCGUACACACAGCAGUCUAUCUACUCCCUGCACGUCUCUUCGCAGAUGGAGACAAUCCCGAGUCCGCCCCGCCACGGAAUUCAGUUCGUUGGCUUGCUGAAUGAUAGCCGCUCACUCGUGACGUACGAGUCCUUCUCCUCGACAGUGCUUCCCCCGCUGCUGCGCUUCUGGGAGUAUGACGCCUCACGUAAGCAACAUGUGGAGACGCAAACCCUGUACUCUCCACAUCGCUCUGCCGUGCUGGCUCUGGCGGUAGAGAAGCGAGGCCAACGAGUGUUCACGCUGAGCUGCGAGGCAAUGAAGUGCUGGGCACAGACUGCCUUCACAACGCAGGACACGUACGGCACCCUGUCGGGCGGCUGGCACAACCACUCAACAAUGGCGACUCCCUCCCAACAGGUGCAAGCCAUGACCCUGUCUGCGGACGGCUCGCUCUGCUUCGUUGCGGAUGACUGCCUGCACGUAUACUCGGUGCAGGACUGCAAGCCUGGAGAGCGCUGGCCACUGCUGCGACUUUUGCCGCAGUACACGGAGACGCAGCCGCUGCGCCAGAUUGUUGUGUCUCCUGACUGCCGGCACGUUGUGGCAGCUGGGAAGCAGCAGAUCUUUUUUUGGACACUGGACAGGUGUGCAGAUGAGCCGACAGUGUUUAGCGUGGGCGAUUCGUGCAUCACGGCCUUGAGCGCCUUCACGGACACAACGAUGGUAGCUGCCCUCCAGGACACAUCCCUUGUGGAGCUCUGCUGCUGCACCACCGGCAGUGGCAAGGGACCGCAGCUGGGUGAGGUGGUACGUCGUGUCCGGAACGCCUCUCGCUUCCCGUUGCGCCACAUUGUGCCACUACACACGAACGGCCAGCGUCUCGCUGCUGUGGAUGCCGCAACAGGCUUCAAGAUUUUGCAGCUACCGACUGAGGUUACGACUGCGGCACAGUCCUCCGUGUAUGAGUGGGUCAACUCCAGCGACGACGCGAGCGGCGUGGGUAACGGGCCAGAAGGCGACAAGACGGCUCGACUUCAGCUGCAGUCCUUUUUCAAGGAGAUGAACUCCUUCCAGGACUCGCAGGAGGCGAUGAUGACAGUAAAUCAAGAAAGGGCCUUGGCAACGGCGCAGCAGACGACUCAGGCAGAUCGGUGGCUCGCUGAGGUUCUUGGUGAGCCGGCCUACACAGUGCCACUGAUGAGCACUAUUCUCUCCACGUACCUGCAACGUCAGUCGUAG